CACAAUACAUUUUAGAUGUGAUUAAUCAUUGCCUGGCACAAAAAAAAUGCUAUUUUUAUAUUGUAAUAUUUCACAAUAUUACGUUUACUUUAAUGCUGUAUAUGAUUAUAGUUUUAAUAGAAUUACAUGAAUGUUACAUUAAUUAUGGAUAUCGUUACAUUAAAGUAAUAAACAGAUGAACAGAUGAAGCACGCUUUUAACUAACAUUCUUUCAUUAUUUGUUUACUUUACCAUCAGAAGACAUUAUUUCAGAGAGUGAAAGUCAAAAAACAUAUUAGAAAUGAACAGAUAACUAUUUUUUACACAAAGCUUAAUAUUUUUUCACUUUCUUGCUUGCUUUUGUACGUUCGCAGGUCAAAAUGAAUCAGUCUAUCGCCAACUUUACAUUCUUGCCCACUCUUCUCUACACGAACGCGACUUUCAUGAACGUCACCUCUUAUGAAAAUAACACCUUUUCGCAGUUUGCCACGUCCACCAUAUCAACACUUACGCAAGGUAAACUAAGCCAAGCCGCCACCACCACCACCACCACCACUACAACAACAUCAACAACUUCUACUUCUACUAGUACUACAACAACAGCAGCGCCAAACAUCUUAGCGUCCAUAAACCUGCCUUACAUGAUAGCCGAGCUCGUCAUAGCCCUUCUCUCCACUGUGGGCAACCUGCUAGUUUGUGUCGCAGUGGGACUAAACAGGAAGCUCCAAACGGUUACUAACUACUUUCUGGUGUCAUUAGCGGUGGCGGAUAUCUGCGUGGGUUCACUGGCAAUCCCUUGCGCCAUCAUGACCGACCUGGGCAUUCCACGACACAAUCUGUAUCUGUGCUUGCUAAUGCUAUCCGUACUCAUCAUGCUAACCCAGAGCUCCAUUUUUAGCCUGCUGGCGGUCGCCAUUGAGCGUUACAUCGCCAUCUUCAUGCCCUUCCAGUACCACCGGCUCAUGACCCCCCGUAACGCAGUGCUGGUCUUGUGCUUCACUUGGACGCUGGCCUUCCUGAUCGGCCUGGUGCCGUUGAUGGGUUGGCACAAGCCUCCGCCCGAGUCUGGCUACUGCUUCUUCGUCUUCGUGGUGGACAUGACCUACAUGGUCUACUUCAACUUCUUCGCCUGCGUUCUGACCCCGCUGGUGGUGAUGUUCCUCAUCUAUGCGCAGAUCUUCGUCACGGUCAAACGCCAGAUGAGGAGGAUCGCGGCAGAGCGGGGAGGAGCGGCCAACGCGGAGAAGAUGAAGAAAGAGAUGAAGAUGGCCACUUCGCUUUUCCUGGUGCUCUUCCUUUUCACGUCCUGCUGGAUUCCGCUACAUAUCAUCAACUGCUUCCUGCUGCUGUGCCCGUCGUGUCCCGUGCCUCUACCGCUGUUACUAACGGCUAUCAUUCUCUCCCACGCCAAUUCGGCUGUUAACCCUUUCCUCUACGCCUACAAGAUGAAAACCUUCAGAAAUGCGUUCAAGGCCAUCUUUCUGUGCUGCAGGGGCAUCGGAGAUGGCGAUGAACAGCACGACAACGGAGGAGGCAAUAACACUCAAAGAUCCUGAACAAUAACACUUAGCCUAGUACCGAAGAUGAAAGAAACUGAAAAUAAUCUUAAUGGGAUUGAAAACCUAAUUCUAAGAUGGUUUAAUGCGCAAAACCAGACCUGUAUUUUGUACGUGCACUGUAUGUGCUUUAUAUU